AAUUACCCUACACAAGUUGAAGACUGUAGUAAUUAGUGAGACAGAGUCCUUUAUAUCCACAAUCACUAUAUAAUCGGCUCCUUCUCUACAUAAACAAGCGUCCCUUUUCACUCUCCAUCCUUCUUAAUUCUCUGCUAAAUUCUCCCUUCCAAAUAAAGUUCCUCUCAUCAACAAAUCUCAGAAUCAUAUACAAGUUUUUUGAGUUUUUUUUUUUUUUUGUUUAGUUGAGCACUCAAGUCUCAACAAAGCAACAUGGUUAUAAGAGAUGACCAUGAGGGUUUAUAUGGGCUUGAUCAUCAUAACUUUGAAUCUAUGAACCCACAGAUUAAUGAUCAUGAUAACGAGUAUCUGAACACCAGUCUCCUGCUAAAAAGCCGGAGUAUGAGUUCAGAUUCUGAUGAAGAUGGUCGCUCGAAAAGGUUAAGGCCGUCAUCAGAAUCCAAUUCAGAGGAUGGAGAUAUGAACGAGGCAGCCCUUCUUGGUCUAACACUAAAUAAGACACCAUCUUUCGUGAACUUAAUAGAAUCACAACUUUCAGAAGAGAAUAAGAAAGGGAGUUCUUCUAGCAGCACUCCACGUCGAGGGAGACCAACAACUUCUUCUCGCCAUGAAAAUAAUCAAAUGAAUUCUUCGAGAAAUGCUGGUAGAAAUAAGUCAAGGAUGGAGGAUUUUCCUAAUGCUUCUGAAAAAUUGAAGGCUUCCAACUUCCCUGCUAUAAAGCUCACAAUUGGCAAAUGGGAGAGAGUUUCAAGGUAUGAAGGUGAUUUAAUAGCGAAAUGCUAUUAUGCCAAGCAAAAAUUAGUAUGGGAAAUUCUGGAUGGACCUCUUAAAAGCAAGAUUGAAAUUCAAUGGUCAGACAUUGUUGCUAUUAGAGCCACCAUUCAACCUGGUGACCAACCAGGAAUUCUGGAGCUUGAGUUGAACCAACCACCUUCUUUUUAUCGUGAAACAAAUCCUCAACCUCGAAAGCAUACAUUGUGGCAGCAGACAUCAGAUUUUACUAGAGGUCAAGCUCCCAUUUACAGGUGGCAUUGUGUUAGAUUUCCUCCAGGAGUACUUGACAAGCACUAUGAGAAGUUGCUACGUUAUGAUGCAAGGCUGAAUGAACUAAGCAAACAACCUUUUCCUCACCAAUCAUGUCCUUAUUUUGAAUCAAACAAUCUUGAGCUUUCAGAUAUCUCAUUUGACAAUAACUACGGAUCUCAGUUUUUUCCGAGGAUGCAUCAUCCUUUUCACUUGUCUUAUUCUUCGUCGGUUUUACUCCCUAACCAUCCAAUGCCCAAUAAAUCAACAAUGAUGACACCUGCCAGACAUUUCAGUUCAAGUUUUCCAGUUUCAGAUCAGAGGAGACGCAACUAUGCACAUAUCAACCAAAGGAGGGUGCUUUGGGGCCAAGGAUCAAACAACUUGGUGAAUGCUGCUAUGGGAGAUCAAACUAUUGGAAUGCUGCCCGGUUUGACAACACCACCAGCCAAUUGGGUUAUUCCAACCCAGGAUCAUCAGGUGAUGUAUCAACAGAAUGACUCGAUGGGAAAUAAUCCAGAUAAUGUAGCACUAAAUUAUAUAACGAACCACUUGCUGGACGAUAAUCAAGUGGCAUCCUCCAACGAACCAAAUCUAGUUGCAAAUGUGGACUCGAUGUACUCAUUGCUCGAGCACCACGAGAAUGGAAGCCUUGAUGCUACAGGUGAUGUACCUGGCUUAAACUUCGGUUAUCAGGUGAUGUACAAUUAUGAACAGGAUGUUGUACCAGUCGUACCAAACAAUGGAAUGAUUUACGCAGAGCCAAUUAGUUGGAUGGUUUCUCAAGAGGCAAAUCAAAAUCUAAAUCUGGAACAAACCAUGGAGCAUUCAGCUAUUUCUUCUACCUAUGCUGAUACAAUCUAUGGAGGUUAUCCAACUCUAGAUGUGAAUCAAGAUGUAUGAUCCCUUCUUGGAAAACAAGAAACUGGGGUGUUUAAGUGGAGUAAGGGAUGAAAGAGCUGUUGCUUCAUGUUUUCCCUUUUUGCAAGUACAUUUUUAUUACCUUAUCAAAAAAUAGAGAACUUUGUGACCUCUCAAAAUUAAGGGGUCUCCUCUUCAGUUCUACCUUCCAUCUUCCAUUUCUUUUAGUUAUGUUCUCAUCUAUGCAAAUGAGCAAUGUAAUAACUUUUGGUUUAGAAGUAAAUUAAAAGAGACUUUUUUAAGUCAAGAUGAAGGUGUUGAAACCCACAGAUCUCAAGU